UGUGGUUGACAUGAUUGACAGGUGGGUAUUCGUCUAAUGGCGUGCCUCCAUACUACACAAACGGUCCACAUUUAGCCGCACAUCGUACGCUUUUAGUUGCUUUUAACCCAGCCGGUCACUGUUGUUGACAGACAGACUGACAGCCAGCCAGCCAGCCAUCCAGAGGAAUCUGGAGGAUUUUACCCCAGUUUAUUUUUAACAACAGGAUUACCAGAUUUGUGUUUUAACAGUGGUCCUUUAAGAUUGUGUGUUGCGGUAUAUUUCUCAGUGGGGUGCAGGUCACCAAUAAAAGCAUACUACUAUAAUGCCAGAGGGGCAUAAUGGCGAUGAUCGCACAUUAAUGUAUGCUUUUCGGCAAGCUAGUCACGAUAUCAACUCAGAACCAGAAAGUGCUGCUAGUAUUUUACAGUCGGUAAAAGAACAAGAGGCACAAUUUGAGAAGUUAACUCUUGAACUUGAGGCUGAAAGGCAGAGUGUAGCCAACCAACUGGAGAAGGUCAAAUUAGGGUCUGAGACUGCUAGUAUGAGCAGUAUUAGUUCGACUGACGAAUCUUUUCAAUGGCGUCACUCUGCCCAGAAUGAAAGUCACUUAGCCGAUGAAAGUGAUACCGACAGCAAAAUUAGUGGAUCUCAACUGGUAGACUCUUGCCUUAAAGUUCUACAGGAACGAGGACUUAUGGACCCAGCUGAAGACCCCCUCCACACCCUGCAAAACGAGCAUUACAGUUCUUAUCAGGAUCCUUAUGGUAGUCCCUAUAUAAUGUAUCAAGAUCCAUCUCACCGAGGUUACCGAGGCUACGCUACGUCUCCAGCAACAAACGGACCUACAGCCAAUCAUCAUUCUCCGCAUUCGUCGUAUUUAUCCAUACACAGUAAUCGGUCUAAUCCACCCCAGGUUGCACCAAAGCCAGAUCCUAGAUCACAGCAGUAUUCACCUGGACCCUAUUCUCCAACCCAUGCUGACACUUUUGACUUUGUCGAUGAGAAUGCAUCCAUGAGUGACCGGCCUUCUUCUCCUGCAUACAGUGGUUCUGUUCGGUCAGCUGGCCAACAGUAUUCCUCUGUUCCAAGGACAAGACAAAACCAUCCAGGAUCGACCGGAUCGAUCCCACGAAGUACAGACAGCUAUCCUUACUCACCACACACGCCGGCCAGUCCAGCACGUCCACCACAGCCGGAUAACUACCAACCCUACGAAGACAUGAGAAACUUUGACGAUGAUCAGCCAGACUACCGCAACCCUCCAAACUUGGGUAAUCAAGACUAUGAUGAACCUCCGCGCUCAGCUGGAUAUGGCUAUGGAGCACCUCCUUCACGAUCUCCUCAUGGUAGCGGCUAUUUGCAUGAUCAGCCACCAGCUUCUCCCAAAGGGAGUGACCGCUAUGGUUACCCUGACGAGCAUUACCGAGACCCCUCUCCCCCAGGUAGUGAUAGGUUUGAUACUAUCCCUAGUCGGGAUAGAUAUGGUUCCCAACCACAAGAUGAUUACGGACAGCCCCCAGAUGAUCGUUACAGAGCACCAUCGGUUGGCAGUAGUCGCUAUAAUGAACCUCCAGAACCAUAUCAACAGAGGUAUACCCAACCUAUGGGUGAAACACCACCAAUGCAAAGGGCUCCACUAGCUCCAAUGGAAACAACUGGGAGUACAGAUCAACUUAGAAGGCCGCCACCAGUACAUGAUCCAUAUGUUAUGUCAGCACCAGAGGAAAGACAGCAGGCCCCAGGGCCAGAGCAAGAUGAUCCGCCAGGCAGUAGAAAUUCCAGAUCUUCUCUGCCAGAUUCCAGACCAUCCACCCUUGAUAGAAGGCCCAGAGAUCAGAGGUGGCGUGCUCCCGAUUUACAGGAGGUUAUCGAAUAUUUAAGUCAUCCAAAUGAUGCAAUUGUGUCCAAUGCAGCGUCUUAUCUACAGCAUUUAACCUAUGGAGAUGAUCCUAUCAAAAAUAAAACCAGGGGUCUUGGUGGUAUUCCCCCACUGGUGGAGCUUCUUGGACACCCAACACCUGAAAUUCAGCGCAGUGCCUGCGGUGCUCUGCGAAACAUUUCAUACGGUAAACAGAAUGAAGAAAACAAAGUAGCCAUCAAGAACGCUGGUGGUAUCCCGGCAUUAAUUAGGCUACUGCGAUCAACGCCAGAUGUCGACGUAAGGGAACUUGUUACUGGUGUCCUCUGGAAUCUGUCUUCUGCAGAGCCAUUAAAGAAGCCGAUUAUUGACGAUGGUCUGGCGGUGAUGACCAACGUUGUCAUCAUUCCACAUUCUGGAUGGGAUAGGAAUGUAGAUGAAGACACUAAACCGAGAGAUGUACCAUUAUCGACUGUAUUCCGUAAUACCACAGGAUGCCUUAGAAACGUGAGUUCAGCUGGCCCUGAGGCACGAACCAAGAUGAGAGAAUGUGAAGGAUUAGUUGAUGCUUUGAUAUUCGUAAUUAGGUCAGCUAUUGGCAAGAAUGACAUGGAUAAUAAGUGUGUUGAGAAUUGUAUGUGUAUUUUAAGAAAUCUUUCGUAUCAUAUGCCUGCGGAAGUACGCCAUCCUGACAAUGAAAUGCAAGGACAAGCUAAUAAACCAUCAAAAAACAAACCUAAUGAUACAGGAUGUUUUGGUGGUGGUAGUGACAAGAAGAAAAAGGACCAACAGUUAAACAAAAUGCAACUUGAUCCAAACCCGCCACCAAGGCAAAACCCUGCUGCUGGUAUGGAGUUGUUAUGGCAACCUGAAGUGUGCAGACCCUACUUAUCUUUGUUAGCAGAAUGUUCUAAUCCUGAUACUCUGGAAGCGGCUGCUGGAACCGUCCAGAACUUGACAGCUUCAGAAUGGAGGUGGGCGAUAUAUAUUCGUGCUAGUGUUCGUAAAGAUAAAGGUCUGCCAGUGUUGGUGGAGUUGUUGCGAAUGGAUAAUGAUAGAGUGGUGAGUGCCGUAUCCAAAGCACUUCGGAAUCUUUCACUGGAUCCAAGAAAUAAAGAACUGAUAGGCAAGUACGCUAUGCGGGACCUUGUGUUCUGUUUACCGGGUGGUCCUGGUGAGCAGGCAUCAAAGCGAUCGCAUCUAGAACAGCAAAAAAAAGUUGUGAAGCUGUAG